GUAAUGAUGGUUAAUGGAGAUCAUCGUAUUGGUAUUUAUGCUAAACGAGAUAUCCAGGCUGGUGAAGAGCUAUUUUUUGACUACAGGUAUGGCCCUACUGACGCUCUAAAGUAUGUAAAUAUAGAAAGGGACAGUACAGAUUUAGAAUAA